AUGUCGUCACUUCAGAACGCGCAUCGUCUUCACGUCCAAUCCUUGUACAAGCGUGCUCUUAAGACCUCUCUCGACUGGUACAUUCAACGCGAUUUGUGGCGCCAAAAGGCUUUGGACAUUCGUGCCCAAUUCGAGCGUAACAAGCAUGUCUCCAACCCCAAGGAAAUCCAACUCUUGUUGAAGAAUGCUGAAAAGGAACUCCAAAGCUGGGCUCACCCUGAUCCUUACAAGCCCUACUUGGGUCCCGAGGGUACAAAGUGGGAACGCAACUUGCCUCCUAUCAUGCCCGAAAACCUCCAGCAUUAG